UUGGCCCGCCCCUGCCGGUCUCUAUUGUGAAUCCGCGUUCAACUGGAAACCACUCUUCCAGCCUUGGCACCAAAGUGGCGCACCACGACAUGCAGCAGAGCUGAACGACGAGUGCGCCUUUGAAGAUGCUUGAUUGUCAAGCCACAAUUUCUGGUUGAGUGACAAGCCCGCCAUCCCGUCGCCACCAUGAUAGCCACAGGGGGCCUGCUGCGCAUGAACCGGCGCCAGGAUUCCCUCCGCUCCAAGAACCGAGCGGAAAACAAGAGGAAGAGGAAAUCCAAAAAAAAGAAGAAGAAUGAUGUGGUGGUGGUGAAAGGGAAGCUCAACCUGUGCUCUCCGGCCGGUUUGGUGGCUGCUGUCGGAGUUAUCGUUCUCAUGGUGGGGAUUUCCAUGGCCGUGCUGGGCUACUGGCCCAGCCAGAACCAGCAUGCAUACCAGGAGCGCCGCAGAACUGGAGCAUACCACGCCAACAGGAUGAGCUACUCCAGAAGUCCACCUGUUUCCUCGAACUUGACCCAUGAUAAGCCUCCCUCCAGCCAGACAACUUUAUUCAACCAGAGCCAUGCUAACAGCAGCACCCCCAACCCCUCCCCUCACUGUGGCUUCCUCUGUGACUUCCUGGAUAAUUACCUGUACUCAGACAAUCUGAAAGUCUUCGGACCUCUGGUGAUGGGAAUCGGCAUUUUCCUCUUCAUCUGCGCCAACGCAGUCCUCCAUGAAAACCGCGACAAGAAAACCAAAAUCAUCAACCUGAGGGAUAUCUACUCCACAGUGAUAGAUCUGCACAGCAUACGGUCGAAGGAGUACUCACCUCUAAACGGUUUGGUGAACUACACUCAGUCGAGGAGUGCUGAGGGUCCAUCGGGCUCCUUCCCCGCAAGUGGGAUGCUCACUCGCAGCUCCUGGCCCUCCACUGGACUCGGUUUCCAGGGUGAGUUGGGUGGCGAUGAGGUGUUUAGACACCCCUCUUUAGCCAGCAGACCUCGUAGCUGGUCCAGAGAUGUCCAGACCUUCACAGACACUGUCUACAGCAUCUACAAAGACUACAGCAAUAGCAGCAAGGAGGCGCCACAACCCCGACAGUGGGAGACCACCUCCAUCGUCACCUCCUCUGUGAACGCUUUCACCCUCCCUGUGAUCAAACUCAACAACUGUGAGGUGGAGGAGUCAGAGAGAGCGGAGGCAGAGGGGCACUCGGGGGAAGGAGUCGUUAUCGAGGCUGCUGCUGAAAACAUUAGCGAGGAAGGACAGGCCAGCAGCAGCCAGACUGACGACACCGACACCAAGGAGAAGGAGGCCUCGACGACAGAUCCCCUCCCACCCCUUCAGAGCCAUGAGGACAUUUCCAUAGACACAGCUGGCCAACAGGGGGCGCCACAGGCACAGCCUCAGCCACAGCUACAGUGGACCCAGCUGUUUCCUCCAUCACCUGUUGCCAGGGCGAUGGGGUCACGGCUGUCGCUCAACUCCCUCACGGAUCAGCCCAGGUCUGCUCGACGCUGCAGCCUGUCUCUGUCUGUGUGUAGUCAAGGCGACAGAGCCAGGCGCUUCAGCUGCCCUCGUCUGGAGCGCUCCAACAGUAAGGGCUACAUCAAACUGACUGAUCUGGGGGGCGAGUCCUUCGAAGCCCCUGACACAGACACUUCUUUAGUGGCCACCGAACAGGAAGUAGCAACGGACGCAGCAGCAGCAGUGGAGGAAGAAGCUCAGGGAGAGGAGGACCUGGUGACACCCAGCACCUCUGCAGAAUCCUAGACUCAUUUUUUUGUUUUUUGCUGAUGAGCCUCUAAAAACUCUUUGAUGUCCUGUUCUUUGCUGUUCAUACUUUUUUCUCCGAUUGCCACUACAGAGGGAAGGAAAUGUGGAGAGUAAGCAGCUAAGGACUAUUGAAACAUAGCCAUGAACACUCAAGAGCAAGGCUCUUUAUAAAUACCACAUCCACAGCUCAAUAUUCAGAUGUAAUUUUUCUAUUUUUUUCAAUGUAGCAAGAGCAAUACUAAAGACUUGUUAGAAGAUUUAGUAGAGAUUUGUAAAAAAUAAAAGAAAAAAGAGAAAAGAAAAGAAAAUCAAAUCUGAUGAGUUUUAACUUUUCUUUUGUAUAACAGUAAGGCAAACAUUGUAGCUUGUAGAAUUGCCAAAACCAUCACUGAGAUCUCCUGUCUGACAUGUUGUACUGUAGCAUUAACAUAUGCCACAGAAAACUAGAUAGUCUAGAUUUAUUUCUCUACAUUGUUGUGUGAAUACCACGUGAAUAGGUGAAAUGAAUUGAAUCUCAGGUAGACGUUUUGUUUAGGAUCGGGACCUUGAGGACAAGGUCUUCCCUAUGUGCACACUUGUUUAUAUGAAACAUUCAUGGUUGAAUAAACUUGACUGUAACACCUCCUC